AAGUGGGUGGGUGUGGACUUGACUUCAGGGUGCCCAUUGUUAGAAAGACUAGCAAAGGUUGAUUUUUGAGGCAGAUUUGGAAUUCGGAGAGUCUUGGCAUCAAGAGGAGAGAAGACCUUAGAUCAUCUGCUUCCACAGCUUCACCACUUCCAUUAAUUUCUGCGGGGCGCGAGAGAAUUUCACAAGGCAACGUAGAUUUCCAUUAGCUUGGAUAAAAAUUAAACAUGGUUCGACCAAAAGACCCAUUUUGGAAGUAUGCAAAGGAUUUGAAAAAUGGUCGUUUUUGCUGUAAUUUUUGUGAGCGUGAAUUUCCGGGAGGUAUUUCUAGGAUGAAAUGGCAUUUGUCUGGACGUAAGUGCCACGAUAUUAAAGUUUGUGAAAAAGUGCCACGUCAUAUUCAGUUGGAAGUGAGAAAAGUAGUACUCGACAGUACUCCCAAUAAGAAAGCUCAUAAAUCAUCACUGGUGGAGGAUGAAAAUCACUCAAUUCUUUUAGUACCGUCUCGUGGCCCAAAUCUAUAUACGGAAAACGAUAGCAAUAACGUUAGAGAGGGUACUGAUAAUCUUUCAACUCGGCCAGCUUCGUCAUCACGUGCCCCAAAUGCAUGUAACGAACAAUUGGCUAAGUUGUUCUUCUUAAAUGACAUUGAUCCUGAGGUCGUUGGCUCUCCCAUUUUCAAGGAUUUUGUGAAUAGUAUUGUUGAAUAUGGACCCGGUUAUCAACCACCAAGUCCUUUUACUCUUCGGAAGGAGUUGUUGCCAGAUGUGGAAAUGAAAGCUAAAGAAUAUGUUAAGAAUUUUAUGAAAAAUGAUUCAUUUCAAGCACGCGGUUGUACCUUGAUGGUCAACAUUUGGAGUGAUCGUGGUGACCGUGUGGAUAUCUUUGCUUAUUCACAAGGAGAUGUGGUAUGCUUGAAUUCAUGUAAUUAUGUGCCAAUAGAAGGUAUUCAAGAAGCCUUAUCUUCGGCAAUUGAGUUACUUGGCCCCAGACACAUUGUACAACUUAUAUGCAUUGCCAGCAACAUCUCCACAAUUAGGAAUAUGGUUUUUGAGAACCAUCCUUGGAUUUGCGUGAAUCAUUGUGCUGCUGAUGUUAUUGACUUUUUCUGUUUUAUUAUGGAAGAUCGGUCGAAACUGCAUUCUUUAAUUGGUCUUGUGAGAUUAAUACUUUCAUACACUUAUCAUCAUUCCAAUGUGUCAUUUAGAAGAGGGAGGAAAAGACCGAAAGAAGAUCAUGCAUCCAUUAUUUUUAUGUUGAAAUCAGUUUUAGAAGUUGAAGAUGAACUGAAAGCUGUGCAAUUUUAUAUGAUAACAUUGUCGAGUGAUCGGGUGAAGUUGCUUGAUGAGCAGACGAGAGCGGAACAUCUUAGAUGUGCAAAAUUUAUUGAUUACAUUAUCCGCCGUAAAGAGUUUUGGAGUCGAGUGAAAGCAGUGGCAGAAGUGUGGUUUUUACUGUUUCAGACUCAAUGCCUGGUUAAUCGCGAGGACUCAAGUAUAGGAUACUUGUAUGAGAUGAUAGAAAGGGUGAGCGAUGGGAUUGACAAAAGUCGUAACUAUGAUUGUUUCCUUUAUGAUCUUAUAUGGGUAAGAUUCAGUGAUAUGCGAAAGGAGAUUAUUCAUCCAAUACAUGCAGCUGCUGCCUUUUUAAAUCCAGCUUAUAUGUGUAGUGAUAAUUUUAAGGAAAAUGUUGAAAUGAUAGAUGGCAUAAAUUAUGUGUUUGAAAAUAUGGUCGAGUCAGAGGAAAAGGAAGCAUUUACCAAGCAAGUACAACAAUACCGCAUGAAAAUGCCAAAGUUAUUCACAGCUCAAGCCAUGACAACGUUAAAAACAUGCCAUCCUCGAAUAUGGUGGGACUAUUGUGGAAUACAUACCCCGGUAUUAAGGAAAUAUGCAAUUCGAAUAUUGAGUCAACCUUGUAGUACUUCAAUUUUUAAGCGUUAUCAAGUGCCGCAAAUCUGGAGAUCAGAAGAUAAUGAAGACUCAGAAGAUGAUGAAGAUAAUGAAGAUUGGUCAGUAAAAGUGAAUACAAUGAUCAUGAGCAGGGAUAAUGAUUUUAAAUCAUUAGGGUUGGAACCGAUCAUUCUUGAUGAACUUGGCGGUGAAGAUCACGAUGCUUUUAAGGAUGUGGAGGAACUGGUUGACGACUACUACAUGAGAGUUUUAUGUCUAUUCACUGACGAUACUCUUGUCGAUCGUGUGAUAGAAGAUCAGAGUCUUUCAAUAUGGCUAGAUGGCUUUCCUUAUUCCAUAUAAUUUAUUUAACUACUUAAAAGUCAUUUUGUUUUCUUUUCGAGAUGUAAGUCUUAUGAAUUUUGGAGGAAAACGUACCCUAAAAGAACUUUUCAAGUGCACUGGUUUGAACCAUUCGAGCCAAAUAUCCUAAUUGAAAGGACAUUAGCAUGUAAAGACAUAAACCGAACUACUAAUUCUAGAUAUAAGUUUAGGAAAUGCAAGUUUCAUGAAGUUAAUUACUU